GUGAGAGAGAAAAGGGGGGAGAGGGAGAGAGGACGGGAGAGGGAGAGAAGGGGGGCCCCCAGCCAAUGUGCUUCUCUCACUCUAUAUUCACUUUAUCCACAUUGCUGUGAACGAGGAGGAGCUUGCAGGCUCAAGUAGGGGAUGCCAAUCAAAGCAUCAACUUCAAAUUGUAUCUGAGAGAUCAGCCUGGAGACCUCAGGGCCAGGCGCGUCAGUCGGAGCGCAAUUGUUGAUCUGAUCACAUCCAGCGGACUUUGCGCGAGAAAAGAGAGGAAGCAGAGAUUUAAGAGCCGCUUGUUUUGACUGCAUUUACCACUGCACGUCUCUAGUAUAGCGGCUCUCUGACUCUGGCUUGAUCGCGUCCCCUUCCUCCGUUCCUCCUGGUUCUUACCUUUUUCUUCUUCUUCUUCUUUUGCCACAACUCACACACUUCCUUUUUCUACGCAUAGUUUGUCGGACGGUACAACUGUGCGACUUGUGGGCUGAGGAGAUGUCUUUCCCCCAGCUAGGCUACCCGCAGUACUUAAGUGCCUCCCAGGCGGUGUACGGGGGCGACAGACCGGGAGUGCUUACGCCUUCGUCCCGCGGAGGGAGCACCGAAAUCGGAGGAAGUCCUUCCGCCACGGCGGCGGCGGUCACCUCCGUCCUGGGCAUGUACGCCAACCCGUACGCGCACAACUACAGCGCUUUCUUACCGUACACCAGCGCGGAUUUGGCUCUUUUUUCACAAAUGGGGUCCCAGUAUGAACUUAAGGAUACCCCCGGAGUCCACCCUGCUAGUUUUGCUGCCCACACCUCUCCGGCCUUUUACCCAUAUGGCCAGUUUCAGUACGGGGACCCGGCCAGGCCCAAGAACGCCACCAGGGAGAGCACCAGCACCCUGAAAGCCUGGCUCAACGAGCACAGGAAGAACCCGUACCCGACCAAGGGGGAGAAGAUCAUGCUGGCCAUCAUCACCAAAAUGACGCUGACCCAGGUCUCCACCUGGUUCGCCAACGCCAGGAGGAGACUCAAGAAGGAGAACAAGGUGACUUGGGGCAGCAGGAGCAAAGAGGACGGGGAGGAUGGCAACUUGUUCGGCAGCGGAGAUGAAGCGGAGAAGAAUGAAGAUGAGGAGGAGAUUGAUUUGGAGAGCAUAGACAUUGACAAAAUCGACGACAACGACGGGGAUCAAAGCAACGACGACGACGACGACAAAUCCACGGAGGGGAGCAGGGAGCACAGAGGAGGUGUCGGUGGAGGAGCGGACUUGGACACUUUGGAGAAAAGACGGGCCUUCGCCCUGCAGGCCCACGAGGCCUUUGAAAAAUCCAAGAGCACAAUUACACUUCACCCGGGGAGUAAGGAGAAUUCGGACGGCAACAACAACAACAACAACACCAGAGUGUUUGUUCCAGACAGACCCGGGAGUUUUCCUCUCCCGUCCAACAACAAGCCUAAGAUUUGGUCUUUAGCAGAGACCGCCACAAGUCCCGACAGUUCCUCUCAGAAGCCCACCUCCCCCUGUGGCCCGGCGGCCACCACGCACCCAUCUGCCCCGCACCACCAGAUCCAAACCCACCCGGCUUUCCUGCCCAGUCACGGACUGUACACUUGUCAGAUUGGGAAGUUCCACAACUGGACGAACGGGGCCUUUCUGGGCCAGAACUCCCUGCUCAACGUGAGGUCAUUGCUGGGAGUGAACCAGCACCAUCACCACCACCACCACCACCACCAGUUACCGGGCCAGCAGCCACAGCAGCCGCAGCAGCAGCAGCCGACGUCGGUGGUGGUGUCCCCGGUAGCAGCUGCAGCAGCGCUCAGCAGUGAGAGUAAAGCCCCAUCGGAGAGUCACAGUCCCAAACAUAUAGACCAUGAAAACGGUGUCAGGUCUGAUUCACCGCCGCCACCGACCAUCAAGUCUUCCUUUCGGCCCAUUCAUGACAGAUCAUCUCUGCCUUCCAGCGCCAGGAGUCCAGCAGACGCCACGCAACGAGUCCUCACUGCUCUCUCCUCGGCUUGAUCAAGACAUUUUUUUUUUAUUUUUCGUGCUUGACAAAGACAAAAAAAACUGGGGGAAAGAAAACUAGGAAAAAAAAGAGACUAUACGCUUCCGGUAAAAAGGACAAUGAGAAAUAAUAAUAAUAAUAAUGCAGCAUAGCAUUCAGUCGGUACAGAACAAAUGGCGUAAUUUGGUAAUAUCCUGUGGAUGGAUGAAUGAAUGGAUGGAUGGAUGAAAGGAUGGAUGAAUGGAUGGAUGGAUGGAUUACUUCCUCUAUUGUUGUGUAGCCUAUAAUCUCGCCUAUAAUCUCUCUUUCUCCACUUUGCCCAUGCAGGCGGGCUCAAACAUUUUGGUAGGCUUUUUACUUUAUUAUAAUUAUUAUUUUUUUUUGUCUUUUUAUUGUGUUUUUGGUGUCCUUUCUUUAAUGUAAAUAUCAAGUGAUUUAAAUUUGUAAAUAGGAAACGUUGAAGGAAUUUGUCCAGAUCGUAUAUUUUGCCUAAUAAACUAAAUGAAAUUAUAGAGAAAACCAAGAGUAUCUUCCGUCUAUAUUUCAUGAUUAU